GAGAGAGAGAGAGAGAGAGAGAGAGGGGAUGAAAGAGGAGACGGCUUACUUCAUGUGAUGGAGUAAACCUGCAGUAUAUAGCCGGUGCUGUAUGAAUAUAUCUGAGGUGAGUUUGAGGAGCGUCAUCUCGUCAUCAUUAGAAACAUGAAGAGUGUUUUACGCUAUUAUCUUCUGCUGUGGAUUACACACAACACCUCUGGAUCUCAUUCAGGCAUUCCUCCGUCUGUUGUGAAACUUUGGUCUUCAGCGUUUGGUGGUGAGAUCAAGUCCAUCGCAGCCAAGUAUUCUGGCUCUCAACUGCUUCAGAAGAAGUAUAAAGAGUUUGAGAAGUCAGUGAGGGUGGAAGAGAUUGAUGGACUGAAGCUUGUGAAGAGACUCGCUGAGGACAUGGAGGAGAUGUUCAACAAAAAGUCCCAAGCCAUUCAGCGGCUGGUGGAGGCAGCGGAAGAGGCUCACCUGAAUCAUGAAGAGGAUCCUGAGCUACAGUACGAAUACUUCAACGCCGUGUUGAUCAAUGAGCUGGAUGAGGAGGGCAACAGUGUGGAUUUGGGUGGAGAAUUCAUCCUGCAGCCCAACGAACAUUUCAAUAAUCUGUCAGUCAAUCUCAGUCUCAGUGUUGUGCAGGUGCCCACAAACAUGUACAACAAAGACUCAGCGAUUGUGAAUGGUGUGUACUGGUCAGAGGCACUCAAUAAAGUGUUUGUGGACAACUUUCAACAAGACCCGUCUCUUAUUUGGCAGUACUUUGGUAGCGCAAAGGGCUUCUUCAGACAGUAUCCAGGUAUAAAAUGGACACCAGAUGAACAUGGGGUUAUAGAAUUUGACUGUCGAAAUCGGAAAUGGUAUAUCCAGGCAGCGACAUCACCUAAAGAUGUGGUGAUUUUAGUGGAUGUGAGCGGCAGUAUGAAGGGGUUGAGACUGACUAUAGCCAGGCAGACUGUCUCCUCCAUACUGGAUACACUCGGUGAUGAUGACUUCUUUAACAUUAUUGCUUAUAAUGAAGAGCUGCAGUAUGUGGAACCCUGUCUGAAUGGAACUCUGGUUCAAGCUGACAUCAGCAACAAAAAUCAUCUCCGUGGACGUCUGGAAAAGCUGGUUGCUAAAGGUAUAGGUCUGCUGGAUGUUGCACUGACAGAAGCCUUUGAACUUCUCAGCAAU